CCCACAUCACCAGUCCUAAUAAACCAUUUUGAAGUCGAAUCCUGAUGUCCAAUAUAUGACCUCUCAAAAUGAAAAUGGCGUUACGGAAUAUUUCCUAAGAUUGUUCACUUGGGAAAUUAGGCUGCAUAGUCCAAUCUUAGGUUCAUAUUCAGUCGUUGUAGAACCACUUAAGCCCAGAUGAUUUACUGUUAAACCGUAUUCAUAUGGGGGUUUCAAUUCUAUUGACUAUAAUAUGCCAGCUUGUUAUUACUUUUGGGCCAGUACUAGUAUUGUCAGUGGAUGAUAAUAACAGCUGUGGCAAAAGUUUUCAAUUCAAGCCAAACAGAGUUAUUUUAACACAGAAAUCAAUUUCCGCUGGUGCUAAAUUUAUCAAAAAGUUAAGAGUUUCCUCAUUUAAAGAAUGCUAUUUCAUAUGUUGUAAUACAAAUGAGUGCAGUACAGCGAUUUUCGAUUCAAAGGUUACACAAUCUUGCUUUCUGUUCGAUUGCCGACCGCCUGCCCAAUGCUUUUAUUCUAGUCAUUCCAACUAUGAUAUCAUCUACCUCGAAGAAACAAGUGUUAAUCAGAGUUUAAAGAAGAAAGUGGGUUUAAAUCAGCCCUGUGACUCAGAUAAUCUGUGUGAAGAUGCUAAAACCGUAUGCUCAGCUGGUGUCUGUGUUUGUCAGUCGGGUUGGAUUGCAAAGAAAGGCAGUUGUGUUCAGUCCGUUUGUAAAUCUCCGGAACUUCAAUUCCAAUGUGAUGAUUCCUCUGCUUGUGUAGCUAUUUAUGACAAAUGUAAUGGAAUAGUGGAAUGUCCAGAUGGAUCAGAUGAAUUGUCGUGUCCUUCAAGAUUGGAUAAAAGAAAUGAAACAAAAGCAUCUUCAUCGUUCUCAUCAACGUCUCAUAAUCAUAAACUAAGUGAAUUAGACGAGAUUACACUGUCGAAAUCUCAACUAAAUGAAAGUUAUCAACUACCAUUUGAAAGAUUUCGUUCGUUAAGCCACCAAAAAUUACCAAGCGCAACAUCGUCACGUAGUAGUAGUACAACAAUCACAGCACCGACAAAAACAACAACAACAACAACAUCACCUGGUUAUCUUGAUUUAAAUGAUUUAUCUGAUCCAUCCGAAUCAAUUCUAUUUCCUAAUCAACCAAAUUCACAUAAUACUAAUAACAAUAAUAAUGAUAAUCAUCAGCCUCAACAUCGUCAUCGCGAACAACAACAACAACAACAGUUGUCAAGAUCGAAUCCGAUUAAAUUUAAUCAAAAACCAUUAUAUGAUGUUGAUGAAAGAGUCUCUUCCGCGUCACCAUCAUUUCUAUAUGAUAUGCAUAAUAAAAAUAAUAAUAAUAAUAAUAAUAAUAACGAAAAUAAUCCAGAAAUAUACUUCUCAACAAAUGAUAAUCCAUGGCGUUAUCCUAAAGCUCUAUUUCAUGACAUCCCCUUAACACAUAGGGAUGACUAUUCACCAUCACAAUACUUACCUAGACGACAUUUACCAUCACCACCAUCGCUUAGUCAACCAGAUAGUCGUAUAUUUACUACAUCACGUAUGAAAGUAUACGAUGAUGCGGUGUAUAAGCCUAGAUCAUAUGAUCCAUCCGCAGCAGCAGCAUCACAGUUUGAUUAUCUUCAAUCGCAUCGAAAUGAUCUUGCCUUUAUGCCAUAUCAUCAUCCUCAUCCUCAUCAGCAGCAUACUUCAAAUAAAUUUUUGCAUAAAACAACAAAUCAUGAUGAGUCAUCAUUUUAUCAUCAUCAUCAUUAUAAUCGUUUAAGUCAUAAUCAACAACAACAACAACCAGAAAUGAUGAUAGAUCCAAGUAUAUUUGAAAAUAUGGAAUUUUAUAAUAAUAAACUUAGUGAUACACCUGAUUCUUCAUUAAGAAAGUAUUCAUUAUUUCAUGAACCAAAACGCGUUAUUCAUAGAAGUGAAUUUGAAGAUGCUGGCCAUAGAUCUAAUAUGCAGAAAAAAGAAUUGGACAGUGAACAUCAACACUCAUCAACUAUUGCUAAUCUACAGAUAACAACAACUGAUUCCUCCUCACAAAGUAUUAUCACAGCAGUGAAACAAAGUCAAUCAGAAGGGCAUACAUCAGCAUUAUUGCUGGCCUUUAGUCUUGGCUUAGUUUGUUGUUUUAUAGGCCUAUUAAUUGUUGAAUGGAGACGUCGUCAAAAACUACGCUUAUGGUCAGCAAAACCGUAUCGUUCACAUCUUCCCCCACCACCUCCAGAACAAUCAAUUAUAUUUGGUGGUACUACUAUGGCCGGUGGUGGUCGAACAAAAAUUUCAAUGUCUAAAUUAAAAUCAUAUCGUAAGUCAAAAAGAGGUUAUCUGCCGAAUGAAAAGAUGAAUAAGACUUCUGCUUCUAAUCAUAGCAAUAAUAAUAAUGGUAAUAUGGAUGAAGAGAAGGCUUUAUUCGAUGAUUUAGUUUUAUGAAUUUCAUUCACCAUUCUUCAUUAGUAGAAAUUCAUUUUUUUCUUCUUUCAUUAAAUAAUAAUAUGCAUUUAUAAUAUGUCUGUAAUUUGUAUUUCUUGAUUUCGUCUUCGUCAUUGUUUUUAUUUUUCAUUCUUCCAAACUUCAUCAUCAUUCCACAUCAUCGCACCACACACAAAAAUGUCUUUUGACUUUCAUUAUCAUUGCUUUUGUUUUGUUUGUUUAUGUUCAAGUAUUUUUAUUUAUUUUAUUUUAUGUUUUAUGUAUUUGUUUGUUUUAAUUGUCAGUCGAGAAUAGUGUCACGUCGUCAGUCAGUCAGUCGACUUCAGUUUUUACCUUUAUUUGUUUGUUUUUUUGGGGGGCAUUUUCUUCAUUUUGGCAUUUAUUCAUAACUUGUUUUUUUAUAACAUCAAUCGUCACAACAUAUUUCCUCGUACACAUCUCCUCUCCUCCUAUACACACAUACACAUUCCAAUCAUGAAUGAUGAACAGACAGACAGACAAACAUUUUUGUGAUUGAAUAUUUUCACAAUUUUAAUUAAAAUAAGUGAUAAU